AUGACGCGGACCACUAUCGUAUCUGCUCGCCUGACGAAGCCUGAAUCGCUUUUGCAAUGGCAAGCUCCGCUGUGCGGUACGGGUGCACAAGCAGCAGCAUCGAUGGCAAGGCUGCGCGCUUUUGUGACAACAGUUUCCCGGCACUUCGUCCCCUGCCGUCUUCUCCAUCAUACUGAAAUUUAG